AUGGGCGGGUCACUAUCCAGACUCUUGUCCUUUGGCUGGUGGGCAAAGAAGGAGAUCCGCAUUUUAAUCCUAGGCCUGGACAACGCUGGGAAAACCACCCUCCUUUAUCGCCUAAAGAUCGGUGAAGUCGUCACUACGAUACCGACGAUUGGAUUCAAUGUCGAAUCUGUCACAUAUAAGAAUCUUAACUUGAACGUCUGGGAUCUCGGUGGUCAAACGUCGAUACGACCCUAUUGGCGAUGUUACUACGCAAACACCGCCGCAGUUAUAUUUGUUAUCGACUCCACAGAUAUCGAACGACUUGGUACGGCAUCGGAUGAGCUAGCGGCAAUGCUAAAUGAAGAAGAACUCCGUGACGCGGCGCUUUUAGUUUUCGCGAACAAGCAGGAUCAGCCCGGUGCAAAGGGUGCUGGGGAGAUUUCUGAAGCGUUGAAGUUAGGUGAGCUGAGGGACCGGAAUUGGAGUAUAGUUGCCUGUUCCGCGAUCGAUGGCAAAGGUAUUGAUGAAGGUAUGGAUUGGCUGGUGUCGGAAAAUUCAUGA